ACAGAAUCUAAGCAUUCUUGAAUGCAUUUUAUGUAACCCUUGGUUUUAGGGAAUCUACUUGAUGAAACUGAGGUUCUGGAAUGGAUGUUAGACCAGAAAAACGACGAGAGUAUCGAAGAAAUCGACAGAGAGAAAUUAUUCCACUAUAUAGACACCAAAGAGUUCUUAGCUGUAGUAUUUUAUAAAGAAGAGGAUCCAGACAGUCCCCGUAUACUCCGCCAUAUCGAACUGAUAGACGACGAAGCUUUAGAAUACGGAAUCAAAAUAGUGAAAAUGAAAGACAGGUUAAUGGCAAAGAAGUACGGGUUCAGAAAUCCACCAGGAAUCACAUAUUUCAGGAAAGGCAAGCCUAUCAACUACGAUGGAGAUAUCGAUGAUGAAGAGGAAAUUCUAGAUUGGUUAACCGAACCCGAAAACAUGGAGUUAACAGAUCAUAUCGAACGAGUCAACAGAAAGAUGUUCGACAAGAUUAGGCAAAGGUCUGACUACGUCGCAGUAUUUUUAUAUAGCAGUGACUGCAAGCAGUGUCCGCGAGUGCUAACAGAAGUAGAGCACAUUGACGAUGAAGCCGAUUCGGCAGGCAUCAAUUUCAUCAAAAUUGACGACAAACAACUAGCAAAGGAAUUUGGAGUUUUCGCAUUGCCAGCUAUUUUGUUUUUCAAAAGUGGAUCCAAAGAGCCAACCAUUUAUGCUGGUGAUCUUUAUGAUGAACAACAGAUAUUGCAAUGGCUACUCACCCAAAAAGACCCAUCUGGUGAUGUGAUUGAGGCAGCUGAAGGUAAUGAACUGCUGAAGCAGAUAGAUGAAGAAGAAGCACUUGCUGUUUAUUUCUGGAACAAGACGCUGUGCGAUCUGUGCGCUCAACAGAAACAACAACAGCAUCAACGCGGCAGGAAAGCUCAGAAAAAGGCUGCUUCAGGGGAGGAAGAAACGGGCUCGGAGACCUCUCUCAUCGAUAACGAAGAGUGCGAACAGUGCGUGAAGAUACUGGAAGAACUGGAAAACAUCGAUGACGACUGUGAGAGGCACGGUAUAAAGUUUGUAAAAACUCAGGAUUUGAAGAUCGCGGACAAGUUCGGAGCCUCAAAUUAUCCGGUACUGAUGUACUUUGAAAAUGGCAUAGGUGGAGUAUUUGAAGGAGAUCUGGAGGAAGAAGAAGAGGUGUUGCAAUGGCUGAUACAACAGAGGACCGAAGACAGGAUCGAGCUGAUUACCAGGGUGAUGUUGGAAAAAAUGGUUGAAGAGACUCAAUAUCUGGCUGUUUACUUCUACAAGCAGAACUGCAACAUAUGCGAGCAAAUUCUAGAAGAACUGGAGAAGAUAGAUGACGAAUGCGACGUAUAUGGAAUUCACUUAGUUAGAAUACAGGAUCCUCAGUUGGCGAAAAGGUACGGCAUAAAAACAUUCCCAGCCUUAGUAUACUUCAGAAACGGAAACCCUCUUCUAUUUGAAGGAGAUCUCCAGAAUGAGCAGUCUGUCCUAGAAUGGCUUAUAGACGACGAUAACAGGGAACUAGCUGACGAGAUCGAAGCCGUCAACGAAAGGAUGCUGGCCAGACUGCUGAACGAAUCACCCUUUUUGGCUGUAUUCUUCUAUGACGAAGACUGUCCAGAAUGCGAAGAGAUCCUCCAAGCUUUGGAGGAGAUCGACGGCGAAGCAGACCUGUUCGGCAUCGAUUUCGUGAAGAUAUGCAGCGCACAGGCUGCUGCGGACCAAGGCCUACACACACUGCCUGCACUGAUGUACUUCAGAAAAAAGAAGCCCAUGGUGUACGAUGGCGACCUCACGCAGUCGGGCAAGGUCUUGGAUUGGCUGACGUCGCAAGAUGUGUUUGAGAUCAGAAAUGAGAUCGAGGAGGUCAACAAGAAAAUGCUGGAGAAGCUGUUAGAGGAGAACGAAUAUGUUACCGUAUUCUUCUAUGAGCCAAAUGCAGAAGAGAGCAGAAUCAUAAUGGAAAAAUUAGAGAACAUCGAUAGCGAAACAGACAACUUUGACAUAAAGUUUGUCAAAAUGGCGGAUGCGAGGUAUGCUCGCAAAUGGGGUGUCACACAUUUACCCGCGAUUGUCUACUUUAGAAAACGUUUUCCUAGCAUAUACAGAGGUGAUUUACAUUCCGAAGCCGACGUACUAGAAUGGUUGCGAAAGAACCGUUUCCGGCAACCAGAACUGAACCUUUUCAUGUAUGCCCUCAUGGCAAUCAUGGUUGCCUUCCUCAUCUACACCGGUUUUCUGCUGCAAUGCUUCAAAACGUCACCGACCACAGUCGUUGUACAGCAUCAAAAACAAACAUAAUAGUCAAGAAUCACCCGUUGAAGUUUGGCCAGAUAUUUUAGAAUCUUAAUACAAGGGAAUGUGUCACCGGAAUAUCCACCAUUAUUAUAGAUAGAAAUUCAGCAGGUUAUGUCCAGACCUUGAUACAAAGUUCUUCUGUGCCAAGAUAUCCUCAGACGUUGUAUGGAUGCAAAUUGGGCAUUUUUUACAUUGUUAAAAUGUGGAUACAUUGUAUGGAUGCGGAAGAAUGCGCAGAAGAUAAGUGAAAGGGACUGUACAGUGGAUAUUACGUAAAAAUGACAAUAAUACGAUAAGUAGACUUUAGACUCUUUUUAUAUAUAGAUACAAGAAAGAUUGUUUACAUUUAUCUGCUGAACUGUUCAUGUGAUGGAGAUACACAAAAAAUAGAAUUAGGUGAAAUAUGUGAUUGUAAGAGCAAAACCGUUGUUGUCCUUUAAAAUAAAUAAAUUGAUGUAAGACCUAUCAUAAUCCGUUUUCCAAAUCCGUAUUUUUUCUUCCCG